AUGUCCUCUUGUGAUGGGGCCUCUCCCAACUGCCACUUUACUUGCCCGCGAGGAAGCAAGUGGUAUGCCUGUUCGGAUGAGCCUCAUUUCGUGGGCUGCUGCACCUCUGCUCCCUGCAACAAUGCCACCAGUUCAACGUGCCCGCAAUCCGAUAUUCGGCCUGCUUCGUUUGACGGAGCUCUAUUCGAUCGCAUCCGGCCUAACAACUGCAUCAACUCUCGUCCGGACUACUGGUUCACUUGCAACUUUACAGACCCUCCGUUUCUGGGAUGCUGUGCGAUUAAUCCCUGUGCCAACGGCAGCUGUCCCUUGGAGGAAUUGAUACCUGCAGCCUGGAGUGCCAACGAUCCAGACCAGUACGAUCUAUUUUCUGACAAGAAACCUACCACUAAUUCGACGGCCCAUUUAUCAUCUGGGGAAAUCGCCGGGAUCGCGGUUGGGAGCGUCGCUGUCUUCGUUGUUAUCCUUGUGGCCCUCUUCCUCCUGAUAAGAUGGCGCCGGCGGCGCAAGAAGCUUCCUUCAUCACCACAGCCAUCAAAGGUUUCUGGCGAUUGGUACGGAAUGUACUCUUUACGGCCUCAGGGGGGUAGCCCAAAAUAG